AUGCGAGAGGUGUUUUUCUCUUUUCUGGCCUCAUUGCAAACUCAGCCUUUGAAGGAUUCACUUCAAAAGCUCAUUACAUGUGUAGGUGAGGCAGAAAGUUAUUCAUGGUUGUUUAAUGAAACCGAGAGUGAUGGCUCUUAUUACUAUAAGGCAUGUGGGGGGUUCGUACCUUUCACACAAACAACUCUCAAUUCUUAUCUUUCGUUCCCAGAAAACUCUAAUUUAACAGAGGCUUUCAAGGAGUAUAGUGCCCUGUGUACCGCUUUCACUUCACUGGAUCCGACAGCAGAUAGCCUAUUUUCAGCAUGGAUAAAUGGAACUCAAUUUUUAAUAAAUUCGACAAACGUUAACAAAAGUAUCCCGUCAACAUUUCCGAUAAGGCUCUCACAGGAACGCCUCCUUUCAAGUUUCCAAUCUCUGCACCAACUGUACUUCAAUUUCACUUUAGCAUUUCGAUCGGGAGUCCUCAUCAAUGGCGUUGUUCUUUUCUUGGCAUUCUUUUUGUUUCUGACCAAGCGAUCUAAGUUGAAAAACAAGAUGGUACGUUACUUGAAAUCAAAGCUGGUUCUUCCUGCUCUCUUCGACACAUCGCAUCAUGCUGAGACUAAGAUAUCUCGUAAUUUGCGAACGAUAUUGCCAACGCGAGGGGAGUUUCUCGCCGUCAUGCUCUUCGUUAGCAUCAACUUCAUCUUUACUGCCUGCAGCUAUCCCAUGUUAGCCACGCACGAUCAAUCGAAAGCAUAUUUUUUCAUGAGAUGCAUAGCAAAUCGUACUGGUGGGCUAGCAAUGUCUUUGAUGCCUCUGACAAUAUUAACAGCUGGAAGAAACAAUUUACUGCUUGAACUUACUGGCUUACCUUUUUCCAGCAUGAUUUUUUUUCAUAAGUGGAUUGCGCGGAUGAUGACAUUCCAGGGGUCCUUACAUGGCCUUCUGUGGAUUGGGUAUGGAAUCUUCUUAGAUCCUAGCCCUGUUGUGUCGCAAUUUUCUGAGGGCUAUUGGAAUUGGGGAAUUGGAAUUUCACUAGUUUCAGUGGGCCUAGUCAUACUAUCGAUAUAUGCACUUCGAACUUCAGGCUAUGAGCUAUUCCUGGCAAUCCAUAUCCUUCUGGGAGUCAUAUUUCUCUAUGGAACUUUCAAGCAUUGUGAGCAAUUUGGAUGGGUAGGUUGGAUUUAUAUGGCGUCUUUUCUUUGGGUUGCAGAUCGCUUAUUGAGACUUUGGCACCUGCUAAUAUCCUUUGGUGGCUACAGAACUGCGACUGUAGAGCUUGUUUCUGAGUACGAUUCACUUUUACGCCUAGCCAUCACAUCCCGGGAAAAAGAGAGCUUCGAAUUUUUCCCGGGCUGCUACGGUUAUCUUUAUAUCAUGGACAGAAAGUUAUUUUGGCAGUCCCAUCCAUUUACUCUUUAUGAGCAUGAAGGACAUUUUGAAAUUCUCAUGAAAGCUAAGGAAGGAAUUACUCAAAAAUUAUUUUCAAAAAUUACAUCUAAGGGAGUAAAGAUUCCUCUGCGAGUUGUACUUGAGGGACCCUAUGGUAAAGAGGCUCCGCUUUCGGAUUAUUCGCAGGUUCUUAUUAUCACCAGCGGGGCCGGCAUACCGGGCCCCGUCUCCUACCUUGAGAAAGUACUCACCUCACCGGGGCGCGUCUCAGAUCUCUUAUUCGUUUGGGUCGUACCAAAUGAAUCUGUCUUAUUGGCAAUGAGCGGAAAAUUGAUCUCUGUCUUAAUGAACAGAAUCUCUUCUGAUAUGAAAUUUGAGAUUUGCAUUUAUUUAACGCGAUCCUAUGAAGAAGAGUUUUCGGGCUCGAUCUCAAAGGACGUGAAAAUAAGGCACGGCAGGCCGAAUGUUGAACAGAUAAUUGACAAUUUUUGUCAACAAGAAAAUGCGGAUGCUGCUGUUCUCUCAUGUUGUAACCCUUCACUUGAUGACUUUGUGAGAAAACAAGUUGCAAGGAACGUCCUUUAUACAAAUCGUCAAUUAGAUUUUUAUGAUGAGUUACAAGUGUGGUGA